AUGGCUGACAAUAACACCCAGAAUGGAGCUUCCAAGAAAGUGAAGAAUGGCAGUCGGAAUGCAGAGGCAGAGGACUCUACUUCCAAAGCAGCGCCAGCGCCAUCACAAGCAGCGACAACCACCACAACAACAAAGUCUUCUUCGGUCCCAUCCGCAUCUCUCAUACCAGUACAACCAACCCCGCUUGGAUCGCGAGACAAGACAACAAAGAGACUCGUAGUGGUGUUGUCCCAAGCAUGCUUGGAAACUUACAAGAUGAACACGGGCACUGGGCCAGGAGGUGAUAGGUAUGCAUUGUUGAACUGCGAUGACCACCAAGGGUUGUUGAGAAAAAUGGGUAGAGACAUAGCGGAAGCAAGACCCGAUAUCACACAUCAGUGUCUCUUGACAUUGUUGGACUCGCCAAUAAACAAAGCAGGCAAGUUGCAAGUCUACAUCCAGACCGCGAGAGGUGUGUUGAUUGAAGUCAACCCGAGCGUCAGGAUUCCUAGAACUUUCAAGAGAUUUUCAGGUUUGAUGGUCCAGUUGUUGCAUAAAAUGAGCAUCAGAAGCGAAAACUCCAAGGAAGUGUUGUUGAAAGUGAUCAAAAACCCCAUCACCGAUCACCUACCUACUAAAUGCAGGAAAAUCACCUUGUCGUUCGAUGCCAAGGUUCGAAAAGUACAGGACUAUGUCUCUACAUUGGAUGACGACGAGAGUAUUUGCGUAUUUGUGGGUGCUAUGGCUAGAGGUAAGGAUAGUUUUGCCGAUGAAUUUGUCGACGAGAAGAUUGGUUUGUCCGAUUAUCCAUUGUCAGCUUCAGUGGCCUGUUCAAAAUUUUGCCAUGGAUGCGAGGAUGCAUGGGAGAUUUACUGA